AUGCAGUUCUCUCUCUCCGCUAUCUCGGCCCUCGCUGCCACCGCUACCGCCAUGUCUCUCACUGAGUCCAACGCCCUCGGUGGUGCCAAGGCUCAGUGCGAGAGCGGCGACAUCGCCUGCUGUGACUCUAAGGAGACUCUCUCCGGAGAUGGCAUCCUCGGUAACCUCCUUGCCAAGGGUGCCCUGAACGGUCUCCUCGGCAACGACGAUGCCGCCUGCGCUAAGACCAGCGCUCUUGACGACCUCAACGUCCUUGCCCAAACCAAGGACACCAACGAGGGUCCCUCUUGCAAGAACAUCAUUGCCUGCUGCCCCUCCGGCUCCGGCAAGUGCACUGCCCUCGACAACUAG